AUGGCAUAUUUUUGGGCAUGUCCACCAGCGGAAAGCGAUGACUACAUAUUCAACCGUCAUCCACCGGAACAAAAAAUACCGAAAGCGAAAAAUCUUGAAAAUUGGUACAAACGAUUGCUUGAGAAAGGCCUUCAGGAACAUAUUGUUUAUAAUUACAAGAACAUUUAUAGGCAGGCCAAACAAGAUAAUUUGUUAACUCCAAUGGCUUUACCGUAUUUCGAAGGCGAUUUUUGGCCGACUUCAAUUGAAAAUUGUAUUGGAGAUGUGUCAUAUAAAGACAGUCCAGUGGCAAAAAAAAGGCAAAAAAGCAUUAGUGGUGAAGAUGGCGGUGAUAAUAUUGCUUGCGUUGGUAACAGCACAGCGAUUACGCGAAAGCACAGGUGUUUAUUUUUCAGUUUUCUAAGUCUCAUUUUCUUGGAUAAGAUAAUGAGAAGGUUGUAG